CCUCCCUCCGGGCCGCCGCCAUGGCGCUCUGCGGGGCUCUCCACAGCUUUCUCUUCGAGUACGACACCCCGCGAAUCGUGCUGAUCCGGAGCCGCAAAGUGGGGCUCAUCAACCGCGCCGUGCAGCUCGGCAUCCUCGCCUAUGUGAUCGGGUGGGUUUUUGUGUGGGAAAAAGGCUACCAGGAAACUGAUGCUGUGGUCAGCUCUGUAACCACGAAGGUGAAGGGAGUGGCACUGACCAACACAUCCCUCUUGGGAGCCAGGAUCUGGGAUGUAGCUGACUAUGUCAUCCCUCCUCAGGGUGAGAACACCGUGUUUGUCAUGACCAACGCGAUACUCACACUGAACCAGAGCCAAGGCCGCUGCCCGGAGCUCCCAGAUGAUCAAACAAAGUGCGAGGUGAAUAACAACUGUGUGCCAGGAUAUGUCAGCACCCACAGCAGCGGCAUCCAGACUGGGGAGUGUGUUCAGUACAACAGCAGCUUUAAGACCUGUGAAGUCUUUGCGUGGUGCCCCGUGGAGGAUGACUAUCACAUACCCAGGCCAGCGUUCCUGCGGGAAGCUGAGAACUUCACCCUUCUGGUGAAGAACAACAUCUGGUACCGCAAGUUCAACUUCAGCAAGCGAAACAUCCUCCCCACUAUCAACUCCACCUACCUCAAGAACUGCAUCUACGAUGCCCAGACAGAUCCUUUCUGCCCUAUUUUCCGUUUAGGAAAAAUAGUUGAAGCUGCAGGGCAGGACUUCCAGGAAAUGGCUGUGGAGGGUGGAGUCAUGGCAGUGCAGAUCAACUGGGACUGCAACCUGGACAGAGCCGCCUCCCACUGUGUGCCAAAAUAUUCCUUCCGGCGCCUCGACAACAAGGACUCUGCCCACACUGUCUCACCUGGCUACAACUUCAGGGGUGAAGAAAGAAAUUUGUGCUACAUCCUGGCUUCCAUCAAACACAGCCGUGAGAGCUGGUGGCAUCAGCAAAAGGCACAAAAACCGGUUAACAAGUUGCCACAGAAGGAAGUGAAAAAAAAUAUCCUGAAACAACCAGCCCAGAAGCAGGAACAGAGUUUGAGGCGUUUUUCUGCCUGGUUCCCACACCUCGACGAGGCGGCCAGUUAAAAUUAGCUCCACUCAUCUCCAUUGAAGUUUCCGUGCUGCACCCGCAGCACAACCACUCUGAAUCAGCCCAGCAGAAAUUAUGGGUCAAGUACAGAAAUCAAAUUGUCUCCCCCGUCCUCGAGGCUUCACAAUGCCCUAAUUGCUGUUUUCAACACUGAUCUAUAAACCAGAGCUUUUGUGCCCAAGUGGGAUCGGCCUGGAGCUGAAGCCAACGCGGCACCGCUCGCUGCUCCGAGGUAGGGAGAAGCACAGGGAUGGGGAGGCUAUAAAUAAGCCAAUGAACAGCAACAAGGACAAACUAUUCCAGAAACGCCAAGUUUCGUGGGGCUGAAUCCGCUCCUGGAUGGGGCUUUGCUGGAUGAGAGAGCCAGGAGCUACCAGCCAAGUCAAAUUCCCCCCGCAGUGCUGCUGGCAGCCCACGGCAGCGUGGUUUAAUGCAGUCCCAAAUGGAUUAAAACAAACAGGCAGCCCCCCCAUUCAUCCUGAAUUCACAGGGAUGCAUCUCCAGGCCAUUUGCCUGGCCUGCUUUGGGCACCCCUCCAGUGGGCACAUAUAAAUAGCUGCCCUGAAGCCGGAGCUGAUCCAGAAUGCUGUGCCCUCUACCCUCACCGUGCUCUGCAGCCACACCAAAAAAGGCAGCUCAUCAGGAUGAAACCACCCCAGGAACAUUGCUGGUAGCAACACUCAUCCCCAGCAGUGCCACAGCACAGCUGGGCAUCCCAUCCUGCCCUCACAGCAUCACCUGCAUCCUGAUUUCCAAGGGUUCCUGAGAAACUUUGCCAGGCUUGAGCAGAACUGAGUUAUGAAGUCUCAGUCACACUUGAGAGCUGAGCGGGUCCUGGCCGGCGGGAGUUAAUUGGCUUGACCAGGAUAAACAUAUCAAGUCUGAUUAAUUCAAGCAGGCUUCCCCAGGCUCUAUAAACUAAAACUCGUCCAAGCCCCAUUGUAACAUUGGCUGAAGUGGGAAACGAGAGAGGUUUUCCCUCUGCAUGUGUGCAAAGGGUCAGAGGAUGGGGGUUUUAAGAAAUUGCCCUCUGAGAUUACACCUCCCCAGAGAGACACCCAAAAGUGAGGUCACACUGUUGGACACAGCCCUGUUACCUGUAAUAAGCCUAUGAGGAGGAGCAGAACUGCUGAAUUCCCAGCCAGAGAAAAAAGUAAAGUAGCUGAAAGGAGGGCAGUAAUCCCAAAGAGAGAAAAUACAGUCUAGGGGCUUUGGCUUCGCCAACCCAUCCAGGCCCUUGCCUGGGGAAAAACAGCACAUUCUGGUAUGAACUCCAGCAGAUCCUUAUGUAAAAGGGAGCAGCACAUGCCCACAAAAUCCUCAGGAAAUAUAACAGCCUGGUGUAUAGGAAUGAUUUAUCGGCACAGCUUUUGGCUGCAAUCCAUAUAUAACCCAUAGCGGCUGCAGCAGGAUUAUCGAAGCAAUCAGUCUCGCAUCUAAUUCAGCAAGGAGAGGGAUAUUAAAAUGAAAAGAGGUCUGUGAAACCCUGGCAGCAGCUCUCCCUCUCGCUCAGCAUCCACGUGGCUUGAGCGGAAGCGAAUGGGAGUGAAAUCAGCCCCUGCCAGGGUGAGGGAUUUUCACAGCCCCCCUCGGGCCACCCCAGCUCUGCUGAGAGCGCCUGGGCCCCGCCCGGGCCCUGCUGGAUGUGCUGGGAGGGGAACAUGCUGACCGAUUCUGGUGAGUGCAGAGGGUGACACCUUGCAGCCAGCCCUGGCUGCAGGGAUUUAAAUCAGAGCAUAGGGAUGCAUCUGCCUGCCCUUCCCUCCCCGGAGCUGUUUCUCUGCCCAGAUGCCGGGGCUGCACCCUCGCCGUCCCAGCUGUGUCACUGUGGCAAGGCCAGACACAGUGUCAGGGUCAGACCCUCCCAAGGAAGUAAGACUUGGUGGCAGCUCAGCUUUGACCCCUCCAUCCAUCCUUCCACGGGGGUCAGUUCACAAAGAGCAACUUCAGCUGCUUAUAACAAAACUGAACUCAAAACACCAAAACCAGGGCUGAUCUGAAUCGUAGAGAUCCUCCCUUGCUACUGCUGAAGGUUGGUUAAAAGCCAGGCAGGGCCAGCCUGGGGCAGUUAUUGGUCUCCCUGGGCAGAGUCCAGUGGCUAUUUUGCUUUCCCCGGUCACGGUCAGCGGUGGAAGUGCCCGUGCCAAGAGUGGUGUCAUCUGCAGCAACGGGGGCAUCGAUCACAGUUUCCCUUCCUACGGGUGAGCACAGACCUUGCCAGAAAUAUAUUAGUCACUGUAGUAUACAAAGACCAUAUGCAUCCCCCACCUGACUUUUAAUGGGAAAAAAAAUCUCUCAGCAGCUUCUCUAGAAGUUAGAGGACACCUAAAUUUAUGAGAUACUGCAAACAGGUGCCUGUGCCCCUCUGGAGUCCCUGUGCCCCAGCAACGAAAUGUUUCAUCAUCCCCAGGGUGAAUGGAAGAGCCUCCUGCACUGCCUGGCCCAGCUAACACAGAGUGGAAAGAACUGGGAAAAAAAUGCAAAGCCAGACUGGUAGCACUGUAGUGUCACAACAUCCAGCAGCAGGUUUCAAUAGGAGUCACAAAAACGUCUUUACCAAGAUUUUUUUUAUAAUUUUGCCUAAUACUGCUGGAGCAGUAAAUAAUUAUCCCAGAAGGGCAUGAGCUCCAAAGAUGGUGUUGAGCACGGGCACAGAUAAGAUCACCUUGUCCAGCACUGCCAGCUCCCAGCUUUCCUGGAAACAUCAGUUCCAGCCCAUGAUGCCCACAAGAGAGGAAAUGAGAGCAGCUCGUGAACACCACUUAAAAGACAUUAGGGCAGAGUUGAAAGCCAAGACUCCUCCAAAUUACCUCCCUGGAACAGCACUGGUCCAUCAGACAUCUCUCACAGCACACUCAGGUAUGGGUUUUGGGGUUUGUUGGCUGCUUUUCCCAAGAGAAAGUGCUCAUGGAGAGCCAAGGGAAGGUUGGGGCUACUUCUCCCAGGAGAGAGGCUGUUUCUGUGGCUGGUCAUGAAGGCAGCUCUGGUGCCCACAACCAGCACACAUCCUCUCCCCGGGUCCCCCUGGCCCUGAGGACAACCUGGUCCUGUGCCCAGGGGUGGUUUCUGCCCCUGCAGCAUUGCAGUCAGCCCGCAGCUCCAUCACACCGGCUUCCCGUGGUCAUCUCACUUCUGCUCUUAGCCUUGACUGUCACCAUCAUGCUCUGUGCCGUGCACGUGGCUGCAGGGCUGCAUCCCACCUCCUAACCAUGUGUCACUCGCAGCAACCCAACCUGUGGCUCCUAACGAGACCCGUCCUCUGUACACAGUCUCUCCACCAGCUCCAUCCCCGCUUCUCGCUCACCCCUUGACCUUAAAACC